UCUCUCUCCAUUGAUUUCUAUUUUCGAAGCUUUGUAAACUAAUCGGAGGCAAUGGACACAGAAGCGGAGAGGAACGAAGACGCCACAAUCACGGCCGUCAAAGACAUGAGAGCUCGAUUGGAGAAUCGAAUCCGAACGCAGCACGACGCACACUUGGAUCUCCUCUCGUCUCUCCAAUCCGUAGUCCCCGACAUAGUCCCCUCUCUCGAUCUCUCUCUCCGCCUCAUCUCUUCCUUCACGAAACGACCUUUCGCCGCCACGCCUCCUUUGCCCGAACCCAAGAAGCACCACCCCAUCGUCAAAUCAGACCCCCAACAAGGUCACGACUCGCAACCACCGACGCUUAUCGAUUCCGGUGGCUCCGGCGCCGAAGCAGAUGGAUCGAGUGGGAGCCCGAUGGCUCUGGUGAGAGCAAUGGUGGCUGAGUGUUUGCUCCAGCGAGUACCAUGGUCGGCGACGGAUUCGUCGAGUGUGGGGAGGAAGCUCGAGAAUGACCAGAACGCGAGACCCGCGGAGAAAGCAGCGCUGCGUGACCUAGGCGGAGAGUGUGGGGCCAUUCAGGCCGUAGAGACUGCUCUCAAGUCGAUAGCGGAAGAGAACGGUUCGGUUGAGUUGGAGGAGUUCGAGGUGAAUGGGACGGCUCGAAUCAUGGUCCUGGCUAUUGAUCGAACCAGGUUGCUCAAGGAGCUUCCUGAGAGUUUUAACGAAUCGGGUCGGGUCGUGGAAGCCCCGAAUAACAACAACCCCACGGUCUCCUCCGGCAAUGGCGGGUUUGGGGUUUCCGGGUCGGGUAAUUUUCCGAGACCCGAGAUGUGGCCGAUGAUGAAUGCAGGGAUGAUGGGGAUGCAUCAUCAUCAUCAUCCGAUGGGGAUGAUGGGUAGGCCACCACCGUUUCCUCUGCCUUUGCCUUUGCCGGUGCCGGUGAAUCACAAGGUUAGAAGCGAGGAUGAUGAUUUGAAAGACGUUGAGGCUCUUCUCAGUAAGAAGUCUUUUAAGGAGAAGCAGCAGUCCCGGGCUGGUGAGGAGUUGCUUGAUCUCAUUCACCGUCCUACCGCCAAAGAAGCCGCUACUGCUGCUAAGUUUAAAAGCAAAGGAGGAUCACAGGUUAAGUAUUACUGUAGGUAUUUAACUAAAGAGGAUUGCCGUCUUCAGUGCGGUGCCCACUUUGCCUGCACCAAGAGACAUUUUCGUCGACUAAUUGCUUCACAUACGGACGUCAGCCUAGGAGACUGUUCCUUUCUCGAUACUUGUCGUCACAUGAAGACUUGCAAAUACGUGCAUUACGAGCUUGACAUGGCUGACGCAAUGAUGGCUGGUCCAGAUAAGGCACUGAAGCCUCUUCGUGCUGAUUACUGUUCGGAAGCUGAACUUGGUGAGGCACAAUGGAUUAACUGCGACAUCCGUAACUUUAGAAUGGACAUUUUGGGAACUUUUGGAGUUGUUAUGGCGGAUCCACCAUGGGACAUUCACAUGGAACUUCCAUAUGGAACAAUGGCUGAUGACGAGAUGCGUUCACUCAAUGUUCCCUCGUUGCAGACUGACGGUUUGAUCUUCCUCUGGGUCACCGGUCGGGCAAUGGAGCUAGGCCGCGAAUGUUUGGAGCAUUGGGGAUAUAAGCGAGUGGAAGAGAUCAUAUGGGUGAAGACGAAUCAGCUUCAACGUAUUAUACGAACAGGAAGAACAGGUCACUGGCUCAACCAUAGCAAAGAGCAUUGUCUGGUUGGAAUCAAAGGAAACCCAGAAGUCAACAGAAACAUCGACACUGAUGUGAUUGUUGCAGAGGUUAGGGAGACAAGUCGGAAGCCAGACGAGAUGUAUGCAAUGUUAGAGAGGAUCAUGCCAAGAGCAAGAAAGCUAGAGUUAUUUGCCCGUAUGCACAAUGCUCAUGCCGGAUGGCUGUCACUUGGGAACCAGCUAAGUGGAGUCCGGUUAAUAAACGAAGGUCUUCGAGCUCGGUUUAAGGCAUCAUACCCUGACGUAGAUGUGCAACCACCAUCACCACCAAGAGCUUCAACAAUGGAGACAGACAACGAACCAAUGGCGGUUGACUCAAUCACAGCUUAGUUGAAUUGAAAGGAAAAAAAAAACUAGAGUGAAUAAUCUCAGCUUUGUUGAGCUAACGACCGUGAUCAUGUUGACUUUUGAAAGGUAACAUUUUGUGGCAUGCUUGUAAUCUAAAUCUUUAUGAAAAUGCAAGGAAAAAGCUUUUUUGAAGCCUUAACAAAGGCAAAACAACACUAA